GCGGUCGCUGAUUGGUUGCUGAAGGCUUGGUCCCAUCCCAGUGACCCCAAAGUGCUGGAGGGAGGGGGCGGGGGUGGCCCAGUGCAAAGUGCAUCCCGCAAGCCCCCUGGCCGUAGACCCCACAGCUGGCACUUCGGACCCUGUAUGACCUGGGACCUAGCUGUCCCGAGACCUCCUGGGUCCCUCUGUAGCUGGAAGCCUCUGGCCCGGAACGCGGCAGCCCCCUGCUUCGAGCUCCUGGACCGGGACUGCCCCCCCACAACCAGAGCCGGGACUUCCUCUCUGCACCCCUGCCCAGAGGCUGCCCGGCGGCCGGGACCUCCACCUCCCGCCUGCUCGGCUGUCUGGAUGCUCUCUGUGCUGGGGCCGUGAGGCACCGAGGAGGAUCAGGAACACCCAGGUCCGGCCCUGUCUGGGGUGUUUCUUCAAUGGAGAAGUUGGUGAGUGUGGAAGAGGCUGAAAGGAGGAAGAGAAACAGCAGCUGAGGAGACAGGUUUGAGCUGGCUGGAGACAGGAAAGCUGGAACGGGUCUGCCCACCCACCAGAGAAGCAGCAAACACAGUGCCUCUGACCAGCAUCCUCUAUAAAGGUUAAGAAGCCCUUUUUGCUCUGCAGUCUGGGCGCGCUCUGAGCCCCCUCCCCACGAUGCUGUAUGUGCACAAUGGUUAUUAGGCAAUCCACAUAUCACGAGAAGGAGCACUCUUCCAUAAGGCUGAUCCCUGUGACCUAAUGAAUCCUUUGUGAAAAGUGGACUCAGCUAGGAUGUUACACCACCAUUGUCGAAGGAACCCUGAACUCCAGGAAGAAUUGCAGAUUCAGGCUGCAGUAGCUGCCGGGGAUGUUCACACAGUACGGAAGAUGUUAGAACAAGGCUAUUCUCCGAAUGGCCGAGAUGCUAAUGGCUGGACCCUGCUACAUUUCUCUGCAGCAAGAGGAAAGGAAAGAUGUGUUCGGGUAUUUCUAGAACAUGGAGCUGAUCCCACAGUUAAGGACUUAAUCGGAGGCUUCACGGCUCUUCAUUACGCAGCCAUGCAUGGCCGGGCCCGGAUUGCACGCUUGAUGUUAGAAUCUGAAUACAGGAGCGACAUCAUUAAUGCAAAAAGCAAUGAUGGCUGGACUCCCCUCCAUGUGGCUGCCCACUAUGGUAGGGACUCAUUUGUCCGACUUCUACUGGAGUUCAAGGCUGAGGUCGACCCACUCAGUGAUAAAGGUACAACGCCGCUUCAGCUCGCCAUUAUCCGAGAGAGGUCAAGCUGUGUCAAAAUCCUCCUGGACCACAACGCCAACAUCGACAUUCAGAAUGGCUUCCUGUUGCGAUAUGCUGUGAUCAAAAGCAAUCACUCUUAUUGCCGCAUGUUCCUUCAGAGAGGGGCAGACACAAACUUGGGCCGCUUAGAAGAUGGACAGACUCCUUUACACUUGUCUGCCCUUAGGGAUGAUGUGCUUUGUGCACGGAUGUUAUAUAAUUAUGGAGCGGACACGAACACAAGGAACUAUGAAGGACAGACCCCACUGGCUGUUUCAAUAAGUAUUUCUGGAAGUAGUCGACCGUGUUUGGAUUUCUUACAAGAAGUCACAAGACAGCCCAGAAACUUGCAGGACCUGUGCCGAAUUAAAAUUCGACAAUGUAUAGGCCUUCAAAACCUAAAGCUACUUGAUGAACUACCAAUUGCCAAGGUUAUGAAAGACUACUUAAAACACAAAUUUGAUGAUAUCUGAUAUACCAGAACUGUG